CGCGCAGCUGGAGAGAUGAGAACAGCGGCGCGCGCCGGUCGCGGACUUGGCGCUUGGGAUUUCGCACCCGCGGAGGCAGCUACGACUCCGGGAGGCACCUUAGGAGGGCCGCCCGCUGCUGCUGGUGGUGGCGGCGGUUUCCAUUCGCAAAGAGAGGCGCCUGCUCGGGCGCCCGGUUCAGUUCCAACGCUGAAGUUCCGCGUGACGGCAGCGGCCGCGUCCGGGCUUUAGCUCGGCUUCCUUCGGCGGCUCUCCCUCUCCAUGUGUCCCGCGCCUCUCACGGAGUUCGUCGCCCCGGGCAGAGCUGGAGUUGGCGGCAGGAAGCCUCGGCGGCCCUCCGUCAUGUCCCUCCGGGACUUGGGCAAGGGAAGGACGCUGGUGACCAGAAGUGUGAUGUCUCAGCCGGAUUCAGACUUUAAGGAAGAGCAAUCUCUGAAAGAGGAUUUAAAAUUUUACUUCAUGAAUCCAUGUGAAAAAUACCGAGCUCGACGUCAAAUACCAUGGAAACUGGGGAUCCAGAUUUUGAAGAUAGUUAUGGUUACUACUCAGCUUAUCCUUUUUGGUCUGAGUAAUCAGUCGGUGGUUUCUUUCAAAGAGGAGAAUACUGUAGCUUUCAAGCACCUGUUCCUGAAAAACUACUCUGGUGUUGAUGAAGACGACUAUAGCUGUAGCGUGUACACACAGCAAGAUGUUUACGAUAGUAUCUUUUUUGCAAUUAAUCAGUACCGGCAGCUGAAGAAUAUAUCACUGGGCACGCUUGGUUAUGAGCAAGAUGAAGAAGACUUGGCAGGCUUACAGAUAUGCAAGCAACAAUACAGGAAAGGCACGAUGCUUCCAUCUAACGAUACAUUGCACAUAGACAGUACUAUUGAAACAGAAUGCAUUCACCUAGAUCCCCAGGAACUGGCUGCUAAGGAAACAAGUGACUUGAAGAAUUCAUCGUUUUUCCACCUUGAGUUUUAUAGGCUCAUACAGGUUGAAAUUUCUUUUAAACUAAAAGGCAUCGAUCUACAAACCAUUCAUGACCGUGAACUGCCUGACUGUUAUGAAUUUGAGAAUACUAUUACUUUUAACAACAGAGCCCAUAGUGGUAAAAUGAAAAUAUUUUUUGAUACUGAUGCUGACAUACAGGAGUGUAAAGACUGGAAUAUAUCUGGAUCCAUUCAAAAGAACACACAAUACAUCUUGGUUUUUGAUGGGUUCGUCAUUGUGACCUGCUUUGCUUCUCUUAUUCUCUGCACACGAUCCAUUAUUCUUGCUCUAAAACUGCAAAAAAGAUUUGUGAAUUUCUUCCUGGAGAAAUAUAAGCGCCACGUGUGCAGUGCAGACCGCCUAGAAUUCAUAAAUGGGUGGUAUGUCCUGGUGAUUGUUAGCGAUAUGAUGACUAUCAUUGGGUCCAUAAUGAAAAUGGAAAUAAAAGCCAAGAAUCUUACGAGCUAUGAUGUUUGCAGCAUUUUCCUUGGUACAUCUACUCUGUUUGUUUGGGCAGGAGUCAUUCGGUAUUUGGGAUACUUCCAGACUUACAACGUGCUAAUUUUAACAAUGCAAGCAUCCUUGCCCAAAGUUUUACGGUUCUGUUGCUGUGCUGGAAUGAUAUAUCUUGGCUAUACUUUCUGUGGCUGGAUUGUUAUAGGACCAUAUCAUGAAAAGUUUGAGGAUCUGAACACAGUCGCAGAGUGUUUGUUUUCUUUGGUCAAUGGCGAUGACAUGUUUGCUACAUUUGCUCAGAUCCAGCAGAAAAGUACAUUAGUGUGGCUCUUCAGUCGAUUGUACCUGUAUUCCUUCAUUAGCCUUUUCAUAUAUAUGAUCCUCAGCCUUUUUAUUGCACUGAUUACAGAUGCUUAUGACACCAUAAAGAAAUAUCAGCAGAUUGGAUCCCCAGUUACUGAUCUUCAUGAAUUCCUAAAAGAAUGCAGCAGUGAAGAAUACUGCAGUGGACCAGAGCGGUCCUUAAGUUUCUGUUGCUGCAGGAGAUCACUCUUCUGGCUGAAUCGUCGCUCUCGUGGUAGAGUGUCCUGAAGAAGCAAUAUCUCCCAAGCAAGUUCCCAUUCCCUCUGUGUGAACUGAAAUGACCUUAAAGUUUGAAGCUAUUGUUUACUAGUUUCUAUUACUACUUUUCCAUUUCAGUGUCUUUAAGUGCAGUAGUGGCUAGCUGACACUGAGCAUGUAUGUGGUAGUCUAGAACUGAAAGUUAGAAUUGACAAGCUUAUCUAGGAAAUACAUCUUGCCCAGUGCUAAGUCAACCUCAUCAUUACUUCUGGCUGAGAUUAUUCUAGAAGUACUAGAUUAUAACCUGACUGGAGACAGUUUAUGGCUCUUCCUAUGGUGCUAUAGCAGUCUCUAUAAAAACAAUAAUAAAAAUCUCCAGAAGCAUCCCAGUGUGUUGUGGAAGUAACCUGGAACAUGAUGUGAGACAGCUUCCUUCCUUUCCUGUAUUGUAUUUUUUUAGACUUAGGAUAAUAUUUGUGAGAUGUAGAGAGAAUCGGAGCAGCAGUGCAGGUGUAUGGAGGGAUACCAAAGUAGGAGCAAUGCUUUUAUAUGAUUAGGGUUUUGGGAGUAGUUGAAAACUUAAGAGACCAGCUGCCAUCAAGUUUAAAGCUUCAGCCAGGCUUCUCAUAACACCCACUAGCCUGCUUAUACUGUAUUCUAUUGCUGGUUUGAAAUGGCAAUUUUUCCCCUCUUU